GGAAUCUUUGACAUUCGCAACAAUGGCGGUUCAUAAAGAAGCUGUAAAGAAUGUUAAAUUUUGAUUUUCUUUAUUAUUAGUUGCAAAUUUUUAUAUAUUGCAAUAUUUCUUUCUUUAAAAGUUUAAAUUUCAGUGUUAAAUUAUUUCAAGUGUAUGUUCAUUAUGUGGCGAGCAAAGAAACUGAACGUUUAUAAAAACUCUGUAAUUAAAUUUACAUAAAUGUGAGAAUUCAAUCCAAAUAAAUAAAGAAAAUUGGAGACACGUCAUCUUUUCAAGUGAUAUAGAUAAUCUUAAUAAGAUUUAUUUUUGUGAUAUUAUUAAUUUGAACAAUAAAAAAAAAUGCAUAAUCGAAGGCGAGUGCAUAAUUUCACUUAUGUCAGUUCGUGUGUAAAGUACAUGAUCUUUCUUCUCAACUUUAUUAUCUGGUUAUUCGGAGGAUUGCUGAUUGGAGUUGGUCUCUAUGCAUUUGUCGAUAAAUGGCAAGCGACUGGAUCUGUGAGAGUGGAAAAUGUGUACGAUGUCGUAUUAAAUAUUUCUUUAGUGAUGGUGAUAGCGGGAGGAGUUGUUUUUAUUGUCAGUUUUGCUGGUUGUGUUGGAGCUUUACGUGAAAACACCUGUCUUCUAAAAUUCUACUCACUGUGUUUAUUGGUAUUCUUCCUUCUCGAAAUGGGUGUUGCAAUUGUUGGUUUUGUCUUUCCACAUACACUUCAAUCUCUACUCGAGGAAUCGUUUACUGAUAAAAUAAUUCAGUCCUAUCGUGAAGAUCCUGAUUUACAAAAUUUCAUUGAUUUUGGCCAACAGGAAUUCAAGUGUUGUGGUUUGAGUCAAGAGGGAUAUUUAGAUUGGGGAAAGAAUGAAUACUUCAAUUGUUCUAGUCCUAGUGUUGAACGAUGUGGCGUUCCAUUUUCUUGUUGUAUAAAUGCGACAGAUAUUUCGAGCGGUCUAGUGAAUAUCAUGUGUGGUUAUAAAGUGCAAAUGUAUCCGGUGUCAGAGGCUAGUAAAAAAGUGUGGACCAACGGUUGUAUUGAUAUUGUGCGAAGUUGGGCAGAGAGAAAUCUUUACACGAUAGCGGGAAUAGCAUUGGGCGUUGCAUUGAGCCAAUUGUUUGUUAUCUAUUUGGCGAAGACGCUCGAGGGACAAAUCGAACUUCAAAAAUCACGUUGGCAUUAUUCCUGAGGUUGACCGCAGGCCACCUACCGCUAUCAUGUAAGCUCCUCAAAUAGCAGGCAGGUGGCUAGCGGCCGAUCAAGAGGACAAAAUGCAGAGGCCAGUGUAAAUGCCCGAAUGGUGUUACUCGUCCUUUUCGCAAUUUCUCUUUAUGUGCUCUUCAUACUCUCACUGAUACGCCUUGUUCUCUAUUUUAAAAACUAUUUUCAUUUGUUUUUAAAUAAAAAUUGAUUUCUCGCAAAAGCACACAUACACACACACGAAGACAUAUAACAAUUAUAUUAUAAUGACAACAGGAAGAUGGAAAGGAAGACUUAUCGCCUUGUGAUUCUUAACAAAACUAUUCUCAUGUUCUCUGACAUUAAUAAUAUACAUAUUAUACAUAAAUAGUUAAACAAAGUCGCCUUCACGCGAAACAAUAUUGUGUGAUCUGAUAUUUUUAUGCUUUUCAUUUAUGCAAUGUAAUGAAUCUUUUAUGAUUCACGCCGAAAUAUUCGAAACUGAAACUUGGAAUUCAAUAUUUUUGGAUAGAUGAAAAAAAAAAAGAAAACAAAAGAUGAUGAAAGAAAGAAAAAAAAAACUAAUUUUUGUAUAAAUAAAAUGCCAGGAAUCUUUUUUCUGAAUCUCGUAACUAAUUAACACUGAAUAGUUCGAUUCAAAUCAUAUUUUAUUGUGGUUCUUCGUCUAUAUUACUUUCUGCGCUCUCAAAUCGUGAAAGGACAAAAAUAAUUAUUGACGAGAGAACCCUUUGCCAUUCAUUUCAUUUAAGAUUACUUAAUCUUUGUGAUUUUUAUAAUAAUAUUAAAGAGUCUUUGCUCUUUUUCUUUUUUUUAAUGAAUAUUAAGUAAAUUUUAUUAUUAUUAUUAUUAUUAUAUAUAUAUAUAUAUAUAGAUUAGAAUAAAAAAUAGUAUUCCUUAUUAAUGAAUAUUUUGAGAUUUGAGAGAUUAUAAUAAUUAUUGCCGUUUUAGAUUUUUUUUUCGAAAAAACUGUUAGCUGUCCAUUUUUAUGCAUUUGUGGAUAAUUUUAAUUGUCUAUAGUGAAUGACAUUUAUAUUUGUUUAAUUUAAGUAUUUUGAAUAUUUGAAAAUAUUUGCAAUUUUUUUUUUCGAUAACGCACAGGAAAUUGCGCACAUAAAUUAAAUUGGACAAUUUGAAAAUUUACAAAUUUUAUGAGUAAAUUAUCAAAACAUACAAAACCUGUCAUUUAAAUAAGAGCCCUGUGCCAAAAUCCCGUGCACAAUCAUAUAUAAUGUAUAGUAUAUAUUUCAUUUUAUUUGUCCAUUAAUAAAUCUGACAAUAAAACUUGCGUGAAUGUAUGAAUUUUUUUUUUUUUUUGUAAAAUGCAUGCAUUGUAUUUUUUAUUAAUGGUAAAAUUGUAAUAACAGUAUUUGAAAUAAUUCUAUAAUUAUUAA